GCUGCCUCGCAGCUGCGGAAAUGCGUGGACACCUACAAGUACAUCUUCGUCUUCUCUGUCGCCAACAUGAGGAACAACAAGCUGAAGGACGUGAGGAAUGCCUGGAAGCACAGCAGGAUCUUCUUCGGGAAAAACAAGGUGAUGAUGGUGGCGCUGGGACGUGAGCCGAGCAGCGAGUACAAGGAGAACCUGCACAAGGUCAGCAAACACCUGAAGGGUGAAGUUGGUCUCCUGUUCACCAACCGCACCAGUGAUGAGGUGGAUGAGUGGUUCUCCAAAUUCACAGAGGUGGACUUUGCCCGGGCAGGGAACAAGGCACCAUAUGGGGUGAGCCUGGACAUGGGGCCCCUGGAGCAGUUCCCACACUCCAUGGAGCCCCAGCUAAGGCAGCUGGGAUUGCCAACUGCCCUGAGGAAAGGAGUGGUGACAUUGCUUGCAGAUUAUGAAGUCUGCAAGGAAGGGGAUGUUCUCACCCCUGAACAAGCCCGUGUCCUGAAACUCUUUGGCUACGAGAUGGCAGAGUUUAAAGUCACCAUGAAGUUUCUGUGGAAUUCUGAGACAGGAAAAUUCCAGAAGCUUGCGGGAGACUCGGCAGAGGAGGAGGAAGAGGAGGACAAAAAUGACAUCAAUGAGGACUAG